UCGUUGCCGUGUUUGGAUCUGCUUGCAGCUGGAUCAACCGUUUCGGCUCCCUCGUCCGCGCGUGAAUAAACAGACGUUGCCGUGUGUUUUCGACGAACUGUUGUUUUUUAUGUCUCGCUUCCUAGUUCUUGUAUGAUUGAAGUGGUGCGUCGUGGAUAUCCGGAGUUGUAGCACAACCAGGAAUAGCUAGGCGUCCGUUGCUCGUCGUCGUUCGUCUCGGAGUGUCCUUGGGGAAUUGGGAGCUGUUGUGCGUGCUGUGUGCUUAUCCCAUGUGUUCUGUUUUUGGGGAAACGGGAGACGAAAAGUGCGAGAUCAGAUACACGGAAAAUUGAAUUGAUGGGUUCGAGUGGAAUUGUUCCAGAAUUUCGUCGUACAAGCUGCUAGCAGCCCUUUGUGUUUAAAUCCUUUGAUUACCAGCCAGCGAUUUGCUGCUGCUGGAGCAAGAAUCGAUCGAAAACGUUGAAAUAUCUGCAUCUGGGGAGACAAACGCGCGAGUCUGUGUCUGUGCUUGUUUGGUGCAAAUUUCUGUUGUUUAUUGGUUGUUGCAGUUCCGCGUUGAUGUCGCCAACCACGGCGUUCGUUGCUUUGUCAGAGAUUCACGACUUGUCUGAAAGCAGUGGAACGUGGAAAAGUGGAAGGGCUGGAGGACGUCUGCUUGCUUGGUGUAACUACAUGACGCUGCUGUUUAGUGGCCCCUGUGUGUAGAGAAAGAAUUAGCGGCUAGUUGUUGGUGGUACGCGCGCCGACCGACCGUACGUACGCGAUACGCCUAACGCGUUAGCGCCAACCGCAGCAAAAACGAAGGGUUCAAAUACCUGCCAGUCGCUUGCCUGCCACACAGGCUUCCACGCUUCAAAGGAAUUAAACAGCGCGCGUAAUAAAGCAGAGAGUCGACACCGACAAGAGAGACGACUAAACCAAGUUCAAACCAAGUAGCAAAUCACCAAGCAGCAGUAACAAGACUAGCAGCAGUUAGUAGGUACUUCUCGUGUGUAGGAAUAGUAGUGCAUGGACAACGCAGAAGACUCCGAAAAUAAACACCCCGAAGUAACCAAACCAGUUCGGCGCGUAGUUUUUUUCUCUUGUUUUUUAAACAGCCCCCUCGCGAGAUAUUUACUGGCAGGCAGCCGACUAGUUAGACGGCCAAGGGAAAGGGCAGGGUAACUCGCUCGCACUUUGGCAGUGAUCAGCUGUUUUUCAGGUUCUGUGUCCACACACCCUGGCAUGCAAACUACUCUGGAAUUGGCUCCUCGGCGACUGCUAGAGCAAAAAAAACAGAGAAAAGGGUAACUGACAGAAAGGGGAAACCGGCAUAAUCGACCGGGUAAUUGGUGUGGAGCUAGAAGAAGUGCGCUUGCAAAUCGAUGUGCUUUGUCGAUGUCGUGAUUAUCCUCUACACUGCCGUUCAUAAAGCGUGGUUUCUGUAAGGUUUUAAUAAAGUGCAAAGGGUAAUAUCGCGUCUAGUCUCGAUCGUUCUGGCCAGCACAGUCCUACCUUCCUAUUGACCAACCAUCAUCGGCUGAAGUCAGCUCGAGUGGUUUCUGAUUGGUUGGCUGCUAAAGGCUCUCAAAAAUGAGCUCUCUUAUGAGCUAGCACUAGCAAUAGCACCGGUAGUGGUCGAUUUGUGGUACCUACUUGGUCAAGAUAACAAGCGAACCAAGUGGUGGUCUUUCGACGAGAGGAUGUUUUGAAACAGAAGCCGUCAAAGUGAUUUUCAAAAGUGCUACCCAGGUGAGAAGAGAAAACUUGGAACGGAUUUCGUUGGAGGUUGUUGACUGGCGCAGAGCGGAUAAUUGAUAAUAAGUUCAUUCCUUCGCGUUGAAGAAACUAAGAACGUGAUAGUCAUCGAGUGUGCUCAAGCUGGAUACUAUCGAGGAUUAUUUUCCCGAAACCAGACCAUUGAAUUGAACAGAACGUUUCACCAAAAACCACCAAGCUACUAACAACCUCGGCUGGAAACUUUUGAACCUCUUUUUCUGUUUCUGAUUCGGUUUCAACAGAACCGAAUCUCACCGGAAACGCGGAAUCAAACGGAAAUCUGUAAGAAAGGAGUAAAAACUUUACACUCCAUUGAAAGCCCAGACGCCAAAGGAAAAAAACCGUUACACAUAAUCAAACGACAAAAAGUUUCCGAUGAUGCUUUUUUGUAUUUACAGCAGCUCACAUCAACUGUAGCUGAGUGCAAAAAGAAAGCAUUUGGGUUUUUUUAGCCUUUGCCAGAAUCCGGCAAGGAGUAAAUCUGCUCUGCAUUAUAAAAAUCUACUAAACCAGUAGUAAGUGCUUUUUUCUGGAAGAGUUUAAGCUCGGUUGGUGGUGAUGUAGGAAAAAAACGAACAGACCCUGAAACUUCCAAUCAGCGCACAAAGUUCUGUGGACUGCCGGUAGGAAGUUCCGAAGAAAAGAGUGAAAAAAACUCCAAAGGUACGAGAAGAGCGAAAAAUUCAAGCUGACAAUUGAUCCCAACAAAUCCGGUGGAAAAAAAAAGUUUCUGCCACACGUUUGAAACCGGAAGCCAGCGUACAAAUAGCAGGAAGCAAUAGGGUGGGGCGUUUUGCCUCCCGCAAUCUUCAAAAGCGCCACGGGGGUGAAAAUCUAAGAUAAUCUCGACAGAGUUCGACUGUCCCUCCGGUUUGAAUGACGCUGCUGCUGUGUUUGGGGGGAAAUAAAUUGAUUUUUCCUUCGCACACAAGUUCCCAUCGUGACUUUGGCUUUCGGAACUGCUCGACAUACUUACUACAUACUACAUGAGUUUGCCCCCGGCGGGAGUCCGCUCUCUGGAAGUGCCAACAUCUUAUGCUAGCACCCGUCAGGACCGAAAGGACUUUCGUCAUCAUUAGGAGUGGCAAAAAAAAUCGAACAACUUUUUCCCGCCUCUCGGAAUCGCCCUUGAGCACGUGCCGUCACUACUGGUAAGGAGCUUUCUAUUUCGAUUAACCGUAUGGGCCGGAUUCCAAGUGGUAAAAGGACCAACAUAAAACCACCCACCGAGUUAGGAGGAAAAGGAUACCCGCCUAUUUUUCUGCCGCCCAGCUAGUAACAUACAUAUAUCGGCUACCUACAAAUGACGACGGAUCAAAUGGGAAACCAAUAGGCACUUGUCGAGCAGAAAAGCGAAACCCGCAAAAAAGGUGGCACCAGCAGCUGCCCUAGGACUUGAUAUAAGGGAAACAUAUCGCCUAGGGUUGGGCAACACCCAUUUAAAUGGUAUUUUCUUUGCAAACAAAAACACGGAACAGCUUCAGAAAAAACAACGGAGGUCAGAGGAAAAGUGGUAGCGAGAGAAGGUGAUGAUUGAAAUAGGUGUUCCCUGUUUACGGAAGACUUCUCACGUGUUUUAGGAUAACUAAAGACUUGAGGGACAAAUUGCUCAACUGCCCGACUAUAGGUAGCAGUUUGAAAACCCCCAAUUAGGAUCAACGCAAAAGAAUUUCUUACUUUUUAUUGAGACUUUUUUCGAACUAGCAUCCAUUAACAUUUAACGCUUACAACCUGUCGGUACCCCCGUAGUAAAGAGAAACGAAACAAUGUCGUCCCGAUCGAAAGACAAAGUUGCGGCAGCGAUUCGGAAGUUCUUUAAAAGUUCCGACAGUAAAAAGGACAAAUCUCAGAAAGAUAAAGAAGCCAGCGGGAGCGGAGGAAGUGGGGUGAGUGGCAAUAACGCAGCUGUAGAGACGGCAGCACCAUCGAUACCUGUGACGGGGACGACGGCACCGGAAGUACACCCGAUGCUUCAUCCGGCGGUGACGCUGGCCGUGGCAGGGGCUAUCAUCCCGAGCGGAAGUCUCAUUGGAAGUACCGAGGCGAGCAGUCGACAUAGUACCAAUAAUAGUGGAAGCACCCAUCUUGGUGGAAGCAGUACCAACAGUAAUAGCAGUAGCACCGGUACGAGUAAAGUCAGUGGCACCGACAGUCCGCUGCGGAGGUUGAGAUGCGUUGCUCCUGUCAAUAACACUGUUGUGAGCGUUCCUGUGCCGAAACCUAUAGAUACCACCAUCAGAACCAGACGACUGAUGAAGGAGCUGAAAGAAAUCGAGCGGAUACAACAUUCCCGAUCAGAUCCCUACUUCACGGUCGAACUGGUCAACGACAACCUAUACGAGUGGUACGCCCGACUCUAUCGAAUAGAUCCGGACUCUCCGCUGGCCGAGGAUCUGGUCGAGCUGGAGAUUCCCUUCAUCCAGCUGCACCUGGUGUUUCCGGACAAUUUCCCCUUCGCGCCACCGUUCAUGCGAGUGGUGGAACCGCGCAUCGAGAAGGGCUUCGUGAUGGAGGGUGGAGCCAUCUGUAUGGAACUGUUGACGCCACGUGGUUGGGCCAGUGCCUACACGGUUGAGGCCGUACUAAUGCAGUUCGCUGCCUCGCUGGUCAAAGGACAGGGGCGAGUUUCGCGGAAACCGAAAACUUCCAAAGAUUUCAGCAGGAGAACUGCCGAGGAAGCCUUCCGUUCGCUAGUCAAAACGCACGAAAAGUACGGAUGGGUAACGCCUGCCCUCAACGAUGGUUAGACGUUGGAAGGACGACUUUGCCCUCAUGUAAAUUAUAUAAACACGGUGCUGCAGCUUGAUGUUCUCUUAAUUGAAUUCGCCAUGUUCCGGAAUUGACGAUGAUAAAUUUGAUUAUUAAGUUAUGUACUUCAACGUUUACUUCGAGGACGUCGUCAACUCAAAUUUCAAUAAUAACUUAGAUAAUUAAUGUUAACGAUGUAAAUUUAAAUUGAACCAAAUAAGAGCUGGAAAAUUCGUCUACAGUUACGUUUCAGAGGUUUACUAAUUCAGGAAACAUUACUUUAGUUCAAAAAUAGGGGGGAAAUCGACGUCUCCAAAUAUUGUGCUCAAGAACCGAAAAAAAAUGUGUGGAUUGCUUCUAACUAACAACACUUACUCAAAACUCGCCAUUCUUAACCGUAUAAUUGGUGUUAACUCUUAAAACGAGAUGUGCAUAUUUCAAUUAAGGACAUAGAUCGACCGUUCAUAGUUAUUAAAAAAGGGUAAUCGAAUCAAUCUCACAUAAAGUACCACGAUGAACCAUUUGUAAAAAAGGAAAAAAAACUGAUCUCAAUGCAUUUUCUGACUUUGUAUCAAAAUCACUCGUUGUAUCAUCGUUAAUAAAAAAGAAAAGUUAGGAGUUUUUUUAUUCAUUUUCAGCAAACACGAGUGUCGUGCACGCAUAUAAUGAAAUUUCCGAAAGCCAACACUGAGGUACAUUUUGCAUUUAGCAACGAAUUCACAACUCAAAUUCCCUAUUAAAUUUAGUUUAAAUCUAUUGUAUAUGUUCACAUAAAAUUUUCAAUUGAAAAAGUCCACAUGCACUAGGAGAGCAUUGGAUCCGAAAUCAUUCGGAUUGUGAUAUUUGAGGAAUUUAAAUUGAUUUUAUAAUUAUAAAGAAAAUUAAAAAAAAAAAACAAACAAAACAACAUACGUAGUCUUACCGAAAAUUAAGACAUUUAUUUACAGCAUCAUGACUCGAUAUCCAUUGUAUUGAUGAAGCGUAUUUUUGCGCGAGAAAAACUUAUGUGAGCAAAGAAACACAGAAAAAAAAACUUUAAAAGUAUGUUGACUAGAAAUUGAUUAGCCGUUAUAGAAAAAUAUGUUGGAAAAACCUCGAAACAAACUCUCAACUGAUUUGGGCGGGCACACGCAAACACACUCACUAGCCAAAUCAAAGAUAUAAUAGAACAAAACAGAUUUGUAAACAUAUGUACUUGCAGAAGGAAAGUAGCGUAGAAUAAACCAAAUAUUGUAGCCAG